AUUCAGCCAUAUGAGAAGAUGAAAGCCAGAGGCCUCCCAGAAAACAUUUCUACAGUCCUCAACAAGCUCGUUGUUGUCAAACUUAAUGGAGGUUUGGGGACCAGCAUGGGAUGUAAAGGCCCAAAAAGCUUGAUAGGGGUCCGGAAUGAGAAUACCUUUCUAGAUCUGACAGUGAAACAAAUAGAGCACUUGAACAUAACCUAUGACACAGAUGUCCCUCUUGUUCUUAUGAAUUCAUUCAACACUGAUGAAGACACCAAGAAAAUCCUGCAGAAGUACAGCCACUGUCGAGUGAAGAUUUACACGUUUAAUCAAAGCAGGUACCCAAGAAUAAACAAGGAGUCCUUAUUACCGAUAGCUAAGGACCUGUCUUACUCAGUGGAGAAUGCGGAAGCCUGGUACCCUCCUGGUCACGGUGACAUCUAUGCUAGUUUUUUAUAACUCAGGCCUCUUAGACACACUCAUAGGGGAGGGGAAAGAAUAUAUUUUUGUCUCAAAUAUUGAUAAUCUUGGUGCCACUGUGGAUCUUUAUAUUCUCAACCACCUCAUGAACCCACCAAAUGGAAAACGCUGUGAAUUUGUCAUGGAAGUUACAGACAAGACAAGAGCUGAUGUGAAGGGUGGUACGCUCACUCAAUGUGAAGGAAAGCUGCGGUUGGUGGAAAUCGCACAAGUGCCCAAAGCCCAUGUGGAUGAGUUUAAAUCUGUGUCUAAGUUCAAGAUCUUCAAUACAAAUAAUUUGUGGAUCUCCUUGUCGGCAGUCAAGCGGUUGCAAGAAGCCAACUCAAUUGAUAUGGAAAUCAUAGUUAAUCCCAAGACUUUAGAUGGUGGUUUGAAUGUUAUCCAGCUAGAGACCGCUGUGGGUGCUGCUGUCAAAAGUUUUGAAAAUUCACUGGGCAUCAAUGUCCCUCGAAGCCGCUUCCUGCCAGUGAAAACCACAUCUGAUCUGCUGCUGGUCAUGUCCAACCUAUACAGCCUGAAUGCUGGUUCACUGACCAUGAGUGAGAAGAGGGAGUUUCCCACAGUGCCUCUGGUCAAACUGGGCAGCUCAUUCACCAAGGUGCAAGACUACUUGAGGAGGUUUGAAAGCAUACCAGACAUGCUCGAGCUGGAUCAUCUCACCGUGUCAGGAGAUGUGACCUUUGGAAAGAAUGUUGUACUGAAGGGCACAGUAAUCAUUAUUGCAAAUCACGGUGACAGAAUUGACAUCCCACCUGGUGCUGUGUUAGAAAACAAGAUUGUGUCUGGAAACCUUCGGAUCCUGGACCACUGA